CAUUAAAAAUGACUUCCAUUGGGGUUCAGUCACGCGAGAAAAAAAUGUGAAUUAUAAAUUUCGUAAAUUGUCGUCUAAGUAAAUAAAAUAACUUUUAACGAAAAAAAUAUUGAUAUACAGUGCAAGUGCAAUGCGUUAUGAUAAUUAUUAGGUUGUUCGAAGUGUGUUUUCGGUGAAAAAUGUGCGAUUUUUUAUCGUACUAAUUUGGUGUUGAUAAAAAAACUGGCCUUUUUUACGUCAAGCGCUGUCCAGUUCAGAAAACAAAAUGAAUGAACAAAUGGCACCAGACAUUGACCCGCUGAGUACUUACAAUAUGAACAACUAUCCCAAUUUGGAAAAUUUUGGGAACAACCUAAUGCCAUAUGGCACGUAUCCAUAUCCGGUCAAAGUAGAGAACUACCCGAAUCCCAACUACUAUACAUCACAAGCGAGUCAACUAAAACCAUCACAAGACACAAACAACGACAACUCUAGUUUAAAUCAUAUAGGAAACACUGUCACUCAGUUUAUAAGUGACAUACAAACACAAAUAACUGAAAAAAAUGACAUCACAACACAGAACCACACAGAAGAGCAAGACAUUAAACCCGACAUCACAAGAGCUUUGAAUAAAAAGAUAAAAAAAGAACGCAGUAAAUACUUUUCUGAAAAAAUCACAGAAAAGGACUUCAAGUUUUAUGGUUGUGCAGUCUGCAAUAUUAACUUUAAAGAACUACACGAAUUGGACAACCAUGUAGUAAUACAUAAGGAUAGAAUAACCAGUUACGAUCUGAGAAUCAAGAAUCAGAUUAAAAAGAAGAAAAUGAAGAAAGAGUUAAAGAAGAUGAAAAAGUUGAAGAAGAGUGUGAAAGAAGAGCCGGACUUGGUGAUUGAAAUCAAACCAGAAGAUGGAUACAUAGGUAACGAGAAAGCUGCAGACUUUGUGAACACAGAGUCGGACAACCAGAGCUCCAAGGAGAACAAUGGAGACAAAGCCACGAACACUGGCAGCGCUCCAGACCUCAACCCUGCCGCAGCAGCCCCCAACCCUGACCCUGGGCUGACGCUGGGCAACAAGCAGGAUCUGAUGAACCGGCAGAAGAUAUACAAGUGCUUCGCUUGCCAGAAGCAGUUCACACUGAGCUACUAUUUGAAGCUACAUGUUAGAUCGCAUACAGACGAGAAGCCCUACACGUGUGCGCAGUGUGGCCAGACCUUUAUCACAGCGAGCAAGUUGGGGCGCCACAACAAGCGGUUCCACCUCGCCAUCCGCUACCAGUGCCGGAUAUGCUACAAAUACUUCUCCAGGUUUGAAUUCCUUACACGACAUUUUGACAAAAAACACCCGGAUGACAAACUAGAAGGAGAGCCUUAUGAUUUCAACGCGAUACUGCCGUACUUAAAGGAGUUAGAGGAACAAUUGAAAGAUAAAACAGAGAAGGAGAAAGCUGCACCAAAACCCGACGAUCUCUGGUUCAACUUUGAACCCGCCAAGGUUGAACCCAACGAAGUAAAAGAGGAAACCAAAGACAACAUAGAGGAGGUUAAGCCUGUCGAGUUUGAACCACUGACAGUGACUAUAGAGGCGCUGAAGGUUGAUGAGGUUGACGUGAAGAUUGAGGAGGUUGAUGAGAAGGACGCCGAUGUAGAUAUUCACGAUGGUGAUGAUGAAGUUGAUGUCAAAGAUGAGAGUGAUCAUAUGAAGGAUGAGAAUUUGUCUGACGACGACUACUUCCCGUCCAAUACCUGGGCGUCGUCCCCCAAGAUCCAAGAACCAACGUCCCCCAAGAAGCUGAAGGCAGAGGACCGCGUCAAGUGUCCCAUAUGUGAGAAGAAGUUCAGCACAGCGUCCUACAUGCGCAUACACAUGAGGACUCACACCGGGGAGAAGCCCUUCAAGUGCUACAUAUGCGAUAUGGGCUUCAUCACGUCCAGCAAGAUGCACCGGCAUGUGCUAACCCACCCGGAGUCUUGGGCAGAUGAAGAUGUAAAAGAGGAAAAGGAUGAGAAGGGCGAAGCGAAGAUUAAAACAGAAGAUGGUGAGGAGGACAAGAAAGCCAAGAAGAAGUUACGAAUGAAGAAGGCGUUGGCGAAGUUCUCCAAGAAGGCCCGCCCUUCUGACAAGAAGAAGCGGCUGUACCAGAAGCGGCCGCACGCCUGCGAGUACUGCCAGAAGCGGUUCCUGCACCUGGAGACCUUGCAGGUGCACAAGAAGUGCCACGACGGCGAGAGCGUGGUGUACAAGUGCAACUUCUGCCUCGCGGAGCACCCCGACGAGGCCUCGCAGAAGGCGCACGAGGCCUCGCACCAGGGCCCCAAGCCCUACCUGUGCACCGUCUGCGGGCGCAGCUACAAGAAGCGCGAGACCAUGAUCUACCACCGCAAGAACCACCGGCCCGACCGCGAGUACAUCUGCGACAUCUGCACCAAGAGCUUCAACGCGCAGUGCAAGCUGCAGCGGCACAUCGUCAGCCAUCGCACGCAGCGGUUCGUGCUGCGCUACGAGUGUCCGGUGUGCGCGCACAUGUUCCACACCAAGUACCACGUGCAGAUGCAUCUCGCCACGCACCAGAAGGAGGGGCUCAUCCAAGAGGAGAACCGCAGCGAGAUCCUGGCGAUGGUGCUGCAGAACGCGCGCAAGAUCCCCAAGAGUGCGGACGCGCCCCCCGCCCCCGCCGACCUCGCGCCGGCCGACGAGCGCAGCCGCGUGUGCAACAUAUGCGGCGAGGUGAACCCCACACACUUACACUUGUACAAGACCCCCAAGAGUGCGGACGCGCCCCCCGCCCCCGCCGACCUCGCGCCGGCCGACGAGCGCAGCCGCGUGUGCAACAUAUGCGGCGAGGUGAACCCCACACACUUACACUUGUUCAAGACCCCCAAGAGUGCGGACGCGCCCCCCGCCCCCGCCGACCUCGCGCCGGCCGACGAGCGCAGCCGCGUGUGCAACAUAUGCGGCGAGGUGAACCCCACACACUUACACUUGUACAAGACCCCCAAGAGUGCGGACGCGCCCCCCGCCCCCGCCGACCUCGCGCCGGCCGACGAGCGCAGCCGCGUGUGCAACAUAUGCGGCGAGGUGAACCCCACACACUUACACUUGUUCAAGACCCCCAAGAGUGCGGACGCGCCCCCCGCCCCCGCCGACCUCGCGCCGGCCGACGAGCGCAGCCGCGUGUGCAACAUAUGCGGCGAGGUGAACCCCACACACUUACACUUGUUCAAGACCCCCAAGAGUGCGGACGCGCCCCCCGCCCCCGCCGACCUCGCGCCGGCCGACGAGCGCAGCCGCGUGUGCAACAUAUGCGGCGAGGUGAACCCCACACACUUACACUUGUACAAGACCCCCAAGAGUGCGGACGCGCCCCCCGCCCCCGCCGACCUCGCGCCGGCCGACGAGCGCAGCCGCGUGUGCAACAUAUGCGGCGAGGUGAACCCCACACACUUACACUUGUACAAGACCCCCAAGAGUGCGGACGCGCCCCCCGCCCCCGCCGACCUCGCGCCGGCCGACGAGCGCAGCCGCGUGUGCAACAUAUGCGGCGAGGUGAACCCCACACACUUACACUUGUACAAGACCCCCAAGAGUGCGGACGCGCCCCCCGCCCCCGCCGACCUCGCGCCGGCCGACGAGCGCAGCCGCGUGUGCAACAUAUGCGGCGAGGUGAACCCCACACACUUACACUUGUACAAGACCCCCAAGAGUGCGGACGCGCCCCCCGCCCCCGCCGACCUCGCGCCGGCCGACGAGCGCAGCCGCGUGUGCAACAUAUGCGGCGAGGUGAACCCCACACACUUACACUUGUACAAGACCCCCAAGAGUGCGGACGCGCCCCCCGCCCCCGCCGACCUCGCGCCGGCCGACGAGCGCAGCCGCGUGUGCAACAUAUGCGGCGAGGUGAACCCCACACACUUACACUUGUACAAGAUCCCCAAGAGUGCGGACGCGCCCCCCGCCCCCGCCGACCUCGCGCCGGCCGACGAGCGCAGCCGCGUGUGCAACAUAUGCGGCGAGGUGAACCCCACACACUUACACUUGUACAAGACCCCCAAGAGUGCGGACGCGCCCCCCGCCCCCGCCGACCUCGCGCCGGCCGACGAGCGCAGCCGCGUGUGCAACAUAUGCGGCGAGGUGAACCCCACACACUUACACUUGUUCAAGACCCCCAAGAGUGCGGACGCGCCCCCCGCCCCCGCCGACCUCGCGCCGGCCGACGAGCGCAGCCGCGUGUGCAACAUAUGCGGCGAGGUGUUCCAACACUUUUACUACUUGGAGGAGCAUCUAAAAAGCCAUGGCUCGAAAAUAGCGAUAGAAGACAGCGAGAAAGCCGAAGAGAAGAAACACAUUUGUACAGUUUGCAACAAAGGCUUCAAACUGCACUACUACCUCAAACUGCACAGCUUCACACACACGAAGGAAAAGCCUUUUAUAUGCCAGCAGUGUGGAAAAGGCUUUAUCACCCGAGGGAAACUCAAGAGACAUAUAGAAACACAUACGGGCUUAAAAAAGUACCAAUGUCACAUUUGCUACAAGUUCUUCACAAGACCGAGCUACCUCAGGAUCCAUGUCAGGACCAUUCACGGCACUCAGGAUUACAAUUUCAGGGUGCAGGAGAAGAAUUGGAACCAGUUUGGUGCGGACUACAGUGCAUAAUUUGUACAUUUCUAAAUUUAACAUGUUUUAUAAAAUGUGUUAAAUUUCUUGUUAAAUUAACACGGGGUGUUAAAUUUUCUGAAACAGUUAAAUAUCGUUACAUCUUAAUAUCAAUUCAUAUCAUGACAUCACAUCAUUUAUU